GAAGUUCUGCUCAGAGCCCCGGAAGCAAUUCCUCAGAUCGCGGGCGUGCUCCGCCUCGCGUUUGGUGUGAGACGUAGAAGUGAGCGACCGAAGCCGCGGACGAGAUGCCGGUGGCCGUGGGGCCUUACGGACAAUCCCAGCCAAGCUGCUUCGACCGCGUGAAGAUGGGCUUUGUGAUGGGCUGCGCCGUGGGCAUGGCGGCCGGGGCGCUCUUCGGCACCUUUUCCUGUCUCAGGAUCGGAAUGCGGGGUCGGGAGCUGAUGGGCGGCAUCGGGAAAACCAUGAUGCAGAGUGGCGGCACCUUUGGCACGUUCAUGGCCAUCGGGAUGGGCAUCCGAUGCUAAUGAGGGCAGUGGUUGUCCACUGCAGCUACCCCUUCCCAUCAGUCCCAGCUCAUGUACUAUAAUAAAACAAAUCUUUGAGUAGUCUUGAA